CAACCAUCCGUAACAGCAUACGCGGAUCGUGAGUCUGCACCGUUGAUUACUUCAAAUCCAACGACUGACAUCAAAACACAAAUCUCAAUUCCAUCUUCUUCUUCUCCCGCUCGCUACCAUACAUAAAUACUCCGAUCCCCAUCUGUAAUUCUCACUCGACCUCAAAUCAAAACCCUAAUUCUUCAAUUUCCUUUUGAUUCUCAAAUUUUCUCGCGAAAAUGUCAGGCCGUGGAAAGGGUGGCAAAGGACUCGGAAAGGGAGGUGCAAAGAGGCAUAGAAAGGUUCUUCGCGAUAACAUCCAGGGUAUCACAAAGCCAGCUAUUCGUCGAUUGGCAAGAAGAGGAGGUGUGAAGAGGAUCAGUGGUUUGAUCUAUGAAGAAACCAGAGGAGUUCUCAAGAUCUUUUUGGAGAACGUGAUUCGUGAUGCUGUUACAUAUACCGAGCAUGCUAGGAGGAAGACUGUUACUGCCAUGGAUGUUGUCUAUGCUCUUAAGAGACAAGGAAGAACCCUCUAUGGAUUCGGAGGUUGAAGAUGAUUCACUCUUUUGUUUAUUUUCAAAAUGUUGCUGUUUAGUUUCAAAAUGCGAUUGUAAUUUCCCAGUGCUUCUGAUGAUGUUUAGGUUGAUUUGUGACAUGCAAUUCUCAGUGAAAUGGAAUUUAUAUUGAAUAUUA